AGUGCCUGGAGUGAAAGAGCCGUUCAAACGUUAUCUAAUCGUAAUGUCGAUAGCGCUUAGUUAUACAUAAACCUGAAAAAAAUUGUUUAAUGUAAAAUGUCUUAUUGAUGAAACCGCCAUGAAUAUAUAGGUUAGUUGUGCCCAAAAAUGUGUUUUAUAGCUUACUAAGUGUGUCAGUUUGCGAUUUAAGCCUAAACAAAUCCCUUUCUGUCACGAAAUAACGCUUAAUCUUUGGUGACGUCAUAUAUAUGACGUUACACGGACAAUAUGGAGAGAAUUUCAGAAUCUGGGAAGUGUUUGGUUAUAGCUUUGAUGAUUAUUUUAAAAACAAGUUUUGUAAUCGAAACAGCUGUUACUCCACGAAUCCAGCCGUUCAACUUCCCUAAGACAGUGACAUUUGAUACACAGGUUAGUGUGACUUGUGCUGUUUCAGAGGGGUCCUUACCCGUCAUAUUCUCGUGGAAGAGAAACGGACAAACACUUAUAGCUUAUGAUGAAAAGAUACAUUUUCGCACCCACGAGGAUCUAAGCACUUUGAAAAUCCAAGAUUUAGAUGUAAGUGACAUUGGAAACUACACGUGCAUAGCGAAAAACUCCGGAGGAGUAGACAGUUACACUUCUCAGCUGUUAGUGAAAGCUCCUCCAUAUUGGAAAAGUCAGCCAGUCAAUGUCAACGCCAUUUUAGGAAAACAAGCAUUCUUGCAUUGUGACGUUGGUGGUUAUCCUCGUCCUCAUAUAGCAUGGAAGAAAUUUAAUGACUUCCGCACCGAAGACGUUGUCCUUCAAAGCGAUUACAGAACGAAGAUUUUGGACAAUGGUUCUUUAGCGAUUAAUUCGGUGGAAAAGGCAGACGAAGGGCUUUACACCUGUGACGCUGAGAACGGUAUCGGUGAAGGGAUUACAGCCUCUAUUCGACUUGAAUUACAUGUCCCUCCUAAUAUAAUAGUAUUAGAAGCAUCGAAAUCUAUCAGGAAAGGUGAAAGCGCUCUGUUACAAUGUGCUGUGAGCGGGGAGCGCCCUCUGACGAUAUCCUGGAUAAAAAACGGAAAUAGCAUUGAUAAAAGUUUUCCCAGGUACGAUAAGUUUGAGGAAGAAGUAGCUGAUGGCCUACAAGCAAAUCUCGUUAUCAAUGACAGUGAACGAGAAGAUGAAGGGCGCUUCGUGUGUAAGGUUGAAAAUAAUUAUGGUGAAGCACAGGGCACAAUUCAGCUUCAAAUAAACGAACCUCCAUCAAGUCCAUUGGAUGUCAGAUUUGUGAAUAUAGGCAGCAGAUCAGCCAGAGUUGUGUGGAGAGCGCCACCUAGUGUCAAUCCACCAAUAGUAUUAUAUAUUAUUAGAUAUUGGAAAAAAUCAGGCGCACUUCAAGAAAUCUCCGUGUCCAACACCGAAACAACAACUCUGCUCAACGAUCUUCAUGCAGGCUUUGAAUAUAUUGUUCAGAUUUUAGCAAAGAAUGAUGUCGGCGUUGGUCAACCCUCUGAAAUGGCUACCUUCACUACGAAAGAGGAAGAACCAGACAUGUCACCAACUGAUCUCUUGGUAGAACCUGUCGAUUCUCAUAGUUUACAGAUAUCUUGGAAGCCACCACCACCAGAGAAUCACAAUGGGCUGUUGAAAGGAUACCAUAUAGGGUACAAAAAGAAAGGCACCACAUCAUCGUUUAUGUAUGAAACUAUCCCCACAACAAACAAUAAACUACAACACAUGGUGCUUAAAAAUCUUCAGCCUUCUACGAGCUAUACAGUAAUAGUGAAAGCCUUCAACAGUGCUGGGACUGGCCCACCUUCAGAUGAGUUUGUGUGUCUAACUUUACUAGGAGAUCCUCCACCUCCACCAGAACUUAAACUCCAGGAUGUACAAUGGAAUUCUGCUACUGUCACCUGGUCACAUCCAAGAGAUAUGAAAGGACCUGUAUUUCAGUACCUGUUGGAAUAUGGAAUUUCUGCUAACAGACAACAAAAACUUCACAUUCCGGGAUCAGUUCAAGAAUAUACCAUCCAAGAUCUUAACAGUGGUCAACAUUACACCAUUCAUAUAGCUGCUUACAACAAGUUUGGAUGUGGUAAAUUCUCUUCUCCCUUACUGGUAGUCAUUGAAAGGAAAAAAGGAUCUGAUCUCAGAACAUCAGCAACCCCUGAUGCAAUGUCUUUUUACUUUGAGCUGUAUUUUGUUAUACCAGUAGCAGCCUCAGUUACGGUCGUCAUCUGUGUUGUAGUGAUUGCUUGGGCUUGCCUUAAAAGAACACGGUUUGUUCAAGUGAAAAAAUCCUCGCUGUAUGUUGCUUACAAACAACGUGCAUCAUGUGCUUCAGUAUCGGGAGUUUCAGCAUCACGUAACAGCAGAGUAUAUGAUGUAGCAUGGGAAAUACCCAGUGGAACAGUGCCUCAGAAUGGGCCUCACUACACAAAGCUGAAACCUCCUUACGUCCUUUCAUAACUGAGAACAGUGAUGGAUCAGGAUUUAGUUCAGGAAACAAUAAGAAAACAGUUUUAUAGUUAUUUACAAAAACAAUCUUAAUGUAAAAGUGUUUUUAUAUAACAAGUGCAGCUCUGAAGAGGAUUCUGCUCAGUAAUGUGUGGUAUAAUAGAAAGUAGUUUUCUCGUCAGCCUCAUGACUCUUAAGAAAUGUUUUUAAUGUACACACAUUGGUCUAAAAGAUGAAAAAAGUUUUUGUGUACUUAUUUAUAAAAAACUCCUGUAUUAAGACAACUUACUAACAAAUUCAUCACUAGAGUAGCUUUUGUUACUAGCUUGUCAAAUUCGAAAGUUCGUGCUUUGAUUGCUAAGUAACAAAACAAGUUGCAGGUUAUAGUCCUUUUGGUUUCAGGUGAUGAUGUUGGAUUCCGUUCUCAACAGGUUGGAUGAGACAUCCAUAGUAUAAAUCUCCUUUUCCAAGCAGUGAUUUGGAUUAAGUUUGUAGAUGAGUAGUAUGAUAGAUCCAUUGUAGGAGACUCCUGUCCAGGUGUUGAUGACGUUGUCAGGUCACAGAUGGGUUGGUUGAGAAAUCUAUAGCAUAAAAAAGUACAUAAAAGUGGUGAUGAUGUUUUAAGGUCACAGGAAAAUUAGGUGAGAGAUCCAUAGUACAAAAAUACCCUUUCAUAGUGAUGAUGAUGUUUUCAGGUCACAGAUGGAUUAGGUGAGAGAUCCAUAGUACAAAAAACUGUCAAAAUGCUGAUGUUUUUUUAGGUCACAGAUGGUUUUGGGUGAGAGAUCCAUAAUUUAGAAACCCCUGUCAAUUUGAUGAUGAUGUUCUCAAGUUACAGAUGGUUUGAGCAAGAGAUCCAUAGUAUAAAAACCCCUGUCCAAAUGGUGAUGAUGUUCUCAAGUUACAGAUGGUUUGGGGCGAGAGAUCCAUAGUAUAAAAACCCCUGUCAGUGUGAUGAUGAUGUUCUCAAGUUACAGAUGGUUUGGGUGAGAGAUCCAUAGUAUAAAACCCUGUCAAAGUGAUGAUAAUUUUCUCAGAUUACAGAUGGUUUUGGUGAGAGUUCAAUAAUAUAAAAAAAACCUAUCAAAGUGAUGAUGAUGUUUUCAGGUCACAGAUGGUUUGGGCUAAAGAGAUCCAUAGUAUAAAAAAAACCUGUCAUGGUGAUGAUGAUGUUCUCAAGUUACAGAUGGUUUGGGUGAGAGAUCCAUAGUAUAAAAAACCUGUCAAAGUGAUGAUGAAUGUUCUCAAAUUACAGAUGGUUUGGGUGAGAGAUCCACAGUAUAAAAAAUCCUAUCCAGGUGUUGAUGACAUUGUCAGAUCACAGAUGGAUUGGUUGAGAAAUCUAUAGUAUAAAAAAGUCCAUAAAAGUUGUGAUGAUGUUUUAAGGUCACAAGAAAAUUAGGUGAGAGAUCCAUAGUACAAAAAUACCCUUUCAUAGUAAUGAUGAUGUUUUAAGGUCACAAGAAAAUUAGAUGAGAUAUCUAUAGUACAAAAAUACCCUUUCAUAGUGAUGAUGAUGAUGUUUUCAGGUCACAGAUGGAUUAGGUGAGAGAUCCAUAGUAUAGAAACCCCCGUCAAUUUGAUGAUGAUGUCCUCAAGUUACAGAUGGUUUGGGUGAGAAAUCCAUAGUAUAAAAAACCUCCUGUCAUAGUAAUGAUGAUGUUCUCAAAGUACAGAUGGUUUGGGGAGAGAUCCAUAGUAUAAAAACCCCUGUCAUAGUAAUGAUGAUGAUGUUCUCAAGUUACAGAUGGUUUGGGGAGAGAUUCAUAGUAUAAAAACCCCUGUCAUACUGAUGAUUAUGAUGUUCUCAAGUUACAGAUGUUUUGGUUGAGAGAUCCAUAGUAUAAAACCCUGUCAAAGUGAUGAUAAUUUUCUCAUGUUACAGAUGGUUUUGGUGAGAGGUCAAUAAUAUAAAAAAACCUAUCAAAGUGAUGAUGAUGUUUUCAGGUCACAGAUUGAUUAAGUGAGCGAUCCAUAGUACAAAACACCCUGUCACAAUGAUUAUGAUGUUUUCAGGUUGCAGGUCACAGAUGGGUGAGGUCUGUAGUAUAAAAAAUCUUGUCUAUGUGAUGAUGUUUUCAGGUCAUGGAUCAGGUGGGUGAGAGAUCUGUAGUAUUCAGUAUCAAAUUCAAGUAAUUAUGUUGGUUGCAGUUAAUAAAUGAGUUGGAUGUAAGCUCCACAGUAUGAAACCCUAUGCCCAAAUGAUUCAUUUAGUAGAUGGAGUGAGUGAGAGAUGCAUAAAAAACCUGUCAAAUGACAAUACUGAAUUCAAUUGCAGAUUGACACAUAGUAUAAAACCCCUUAUCCAAGUGAUGGUUUAGUAUUCAGUUUGUAGAUGGGUCUGAUGAGAAAUCCAUAGUAUAAAAAACCCUGCCAAAUUUAUUAUGUUGUUUUCAUGUCAAAGAUGGAGAUUUAAUGAGAGGUCCAUAAUAUAAAAAGCCUCUCAUUGUGAUGAUGUGUUCUGUUUGAAGAAUAAUAGAUGAAAGGUACUCCCCAUCCUAUCGAUAGUGUUGGUUUCAGUUAUUACAUAAGUUGGACAACAGAUGCAGAAUAGAGAAAAAUAACUGCUAACAUAAUAAGGUUAAAUUUAACUUGCAACAGAGUUGAAUGAUCAAUAUAGUACUUAAUAGAAAACCUAUUUCUCCAUGUGAUGACGUUUCAGUUUGAAGAUGGAUUGGGUGAGAGUCUAGAGAUACAUAAUAUAUAAAAAUCCUGUUCAAGUGAUGAGGAUGAUGAUGUGUUCAGCUUGCAAAUUUGUUGAGUGAGAAGCACAUAGCAUUAAAACUUCUUCCAAAAGUAUGAUGAUGAUGUAUUCAGUUAGUAGAUUGGAUAGAUGAGAAGUAAAUAGCAGUGAUAUUUGAGUUUCAAAAAAAAUUAUUUUUGUUUUUAUUUCAUUUUACUUGUUAAUAGUAGUUUUAGUUUCGGUGUUACACUU